AUGAGCGAAUCUACCCAGGACCAGCAUGGCGUCUUUGUACCCAACUAUGCCUCUUACAACUGGAUCGGACCCCCCGCAGACUUUGGUCUAGCUACCGACACAGUUACUGGUGGUGAUUCGAUCACUGAGAAUGUCAACAAAUGGUUUCAAUCGGGUGAUCAAGCCUACAUCUUGAUAGCCUCAGCUAUGGUCUUGAUAAUGGUGCCAGGUCUGGGUUUCUUGUAUUCCGGUUUGGCAAGAAGAAAGUCUGCUCUGUCACUGAUGUGGGCUUGCAUGAUUGCUGGUUCGGUCGUCACUUUCGAAUGGUACUUCUGGGGUUUCUCACUGGCUUUCUCACCACAAGCAACGAAUGGAUUCAUUGGUGAUAUGCACCACUUCGGUUUGAUGAGGACGCUGGCUGCACCCUCGGUUGGCUCACCUCUGAUUCCUAGUCUGCUAUACGCUUUCUACCAGAUGCAAUUCUGCGCUGUCACUGCCGCUAUUAUUGCAGGUGCUGUCGCCGAACGUGGUCGUUUGCUACCAUUCGCCGUCUGGUUGUUCCUCUGGGGAACCAUUGUCUACAGUCCUGUCGCCUGCUGGGUGUGGAAUCCUAAUGGUUGGGCAUAUGCUUGGGGUGUUCUUGACUAUGCUGGUGGUGGCCCUGUCGAAAUCGUGUCUGGUAUGUCCGCACUUGCGUACUCUAUGGUCCUCGGCAAGCGACAAGAAAAGAUGAUGCUUAACUUCCGACCACACAACGUCUCAUUCAUUCUACUGGGUACCGUCUUCCUGUGGUUCGGGUGGCUCGGCUUCAACGGUGGUUCUUCAUUCGGUGCCAACAUGCGAGCAGUCAUGGCUUGCUGGAACACCAAUCUUACAGCCACGUUCGCAGCCUUUACCUGGGUUUUGCUCGAUUUCAGACUUGCACGAAAAUGGUCCAUGGUCGGUUGGUGCUCAGGUACCAUCUCCGGUCUUGUCGCCGCUACUCCAGCUUCUGGUUUCAUUCCUCCUUGGGGUUCAGUCGUUCUCGGUAUCACUACAGGUAUUGUUUCUAACUUUGCCACCAAAAUCAAGUACUGGAUCAAAAUUGACGACUCCAUGGAUGUGUUCGCUGAGCACGGUGUCGCUGGAAUGGUUGGUCUGAUGUUUAAUGCCCUUUUCGGCGCUGACUACAUCAUUGGCCUUGACGGAGUCAAUGGUGGACUUGAGAACACUACAACAGGAACUCUUGCAGGAGGAUGGGUCAGCCCCAAGAAUUGGCGACAGUUUUACAUCCAGCUCGCCUAUAUCCUUACCUGCACAGUCUACUCUUUCGUUAUGUCCGCCAUUCUCGCCUAUGCCAUCAACUAUAUUCCAGGACUCCAUCUUCGAGCCUCCGAAGAAGCCGAACUUCUUGGUAUGGACGAUGAUCAACUAGGUGAAUUUGCCUACGACUACGUCGAGGUCCGCAGAGAUUACCUCGCCUGGACCCCAGCAUCCAAGGACUCAGCUGGCAUCGAUCCAGAUAUCGCUCAAGAGCACAGACACGGAAUCCCCGAACACAGCGCCAUGCUUAAGAAGGAUGAGCUCAGUCACUCGUCGGAUUCCACAUCCGCUGGUGGUCUGCCAACACAAGGUGAUCGUCACGGUAUGGCCGCUGAAGAGCAAAUGAAGCACGAGAAAGAUUACCGAGAGCCCACUCAAUAA